CUUUAAGGUGUUUUUAAGUGUAAAAUUAUGAUUUGAUCGACAACUUAAUAAAUUUGUAGCUUCAAACCAGAAGAGGGGACGGAGGCAGAGGCAGGGGCAGGCAUAUUAAUGGGUCACAACUGCUUUGCUCUCACAGGUGAUUCAGGGAAGAAGGACGAGAUGUCAAAGGUGAAAAUCAUCAGCACAAGUCAUGUGAAGCCUGGAAAGAUGAUAGGAAGAAAAGAAUGUCAAUUGGUUACUUUUGAUCUCCCAUAUUUGGCAUUCCAUUAUAACCAGAAGCUGUUGUUUUACAAGUGUGGGGAGUUUGAGGAGAAGGUGGAAAAACUCAAGGAUGGGCUGAGAGUGGUUUUGGAGGAGUUUUAUCAGCUAGCAGGCAAGCUUGGUAAAGAUGAGGAUGGGGUUUUCAGGGUGGAAUACGACGACGAUAUGGACGGUGUCGAGGUGGUGGAAGCCACCGCCAUGGAGAUCGGCAUCGAGGAACUGGCGGCUGAAGACGGCACUGCCUCUUUCAAGGACUUGAUACCCUACAAUGGUGUUCUGAACUUGGAGGGCCUUAACAGACCUCUCUUGUGUGUGCAGGUAACCAAGUUGAAAGACGGAGUGGCAAUGGGGUGCGCAUUCAACCACGCCAUCCUUGAUGGAACUUCCACUUGGCAUUUCAUGAGCUCAUGGGCCCAAAUCUGUAGCGGGUCCAACUCCGUCUCAGUCUCGCCGUUUCUCGAGAGGACCAAAGUCCGAAACACCCGCGUGAAGCUGGAUCUCUCGCUCCCACCUAACCCUGUCAACGGUGACGCCAACCAAGGCCCCCAGCUGAGGGAGAAACUCUUCAGGUUUUCUGAAGCUGCCAUCGACAAGAUCAAGUCAAAAGUCAACUCUACCCCACCAUCCGACUCCUCUAAACCAUUCUCAACUUUCCAAUCUCUAGCUUAUCACGUUUGGCACCACGUAACCCUAGCACGUGAACUCAAACCUCAAGAUUACACAGUUUUCACUCUCUUCGCUGAUUGUCGUAAAAGGGUUGAUCCACCCAUGCCGGAAAGUUACUUCGGAAACCUAAUUCAUGCCAUCUUCACCGUCACGGCAGCCGGGUUAUUGUCGGCUAAUCCACCGCAAUUCGGUGCAUCGUUGGUACAAAAAGCUAUAGAAGCGCACAACGCGAAGGCCAUCGAAGAACGAAACAAGGAGUGGGAAGCAGCACCGAAGAUAUUCGAGUACAAGGAUGCUGGUGUGAACUGCGUGGCGGUGGGGAGCUCUCCCAGGUUCAAGGUAUACGAUGUGGAUUUCGGGUGGGGAAAACCGGAAGGGGUGAGGAGCGGAUCCAACAACAGGUUUGAUGGGAUGGUGUAUUUGUAUCAAGGGAAGAGUGGUGGACGGAGCAUUGACGUGGAGAUCGCCUUGGAAGCUGGAGCACUGGAGAAGCUGGAGAAAGAUAAGGAGUUUGUGUUGGAAGUUUAGAUCAAUAAUCAAGACCAUUGUUAUCAUUUGUCUUGUCUUUCGUGAUUUUGAUCACAACAAAUGUUAUGUUUGUUAACAUUUCUUACGCUAUCCCCAGUUUGUUUCUCGAAUCUACUAGCUUGUCUUUGGUUAUGCUGUGCUGUCAAUAACAACACGGAACUUACGUCUUA